UCUUCUAUUACCCAUUGACAUCCAGCCGGAGACCGGUCUGCCACCCAGGGUUUCUUUCUUCUUCUUCACUCUGUAUGGUGGCCGCACACCGCCGCACCAACUCCACAUCGUCUUUGGUCGUUGGCACAUCCCUCUAUCAAUUUUCUUUCUCCUCUUAUUUCGCUCUUUACUCUAACCUUACUCCGCAAGCUGCCAUUUCCACAAGGCUUCAAUCUCGAGUUAUAUCGUCGUGAUCAAAGUUUUCUUUUUUCUUUCUUUCAUUUUUCUUCUCUUUUUCGGCAUCAGGCUAGUUUGGAACAAGAGAAUUUUCAAUUUGAAAUCAAUCAAUCUUCAAAUUUACGCGACCCAUUUUGAUUUCGAAAACCCUAAUUUUUUUAGAAAUGAUUUCAAAUCCAUUUGAAAUCCUUCCAAAUUCAGUGGUUUCAAGCAGGGGGUGACUGUUAUUUUUCUUCUUCCGGAAGGUUUUUGACUAGCAAAAGUAAAUAAUGGGACUGUCGACUGCUACUACUGCUGUUUCUGAGGCCAUUCAACUCUGUGUAUUUGAUUCAAGGAGAGGACAACAGGAGGGGCAAGAGCUGGACAAGAUAUUAUUUUUUUAUCCAGCUGAUUUACCCUUUACAAAACAAUUGUAUAUCAUUGGCCUCAGUGAAGGGCUUAUCACAUUUACAAGAACAUUCUCCCCAGAGGCGGCUUGUGAGGUCAUUGAAGCAGAGAAGCAUUCUCAUGUAUUUUUUGAGGCUGAGCAAGAUAUAUGGAUGGUUUUGGUAGUGGAGAAGAACAAGGAGUUAGAAGCAAUUUGGCGGAUUGAUGCAUUACAGAAGCUUCUUAAGGAAAUCCACUCUCUAUUUCUAAUGUUUCACGGAUCUAUAAGAUUAUUACUUGAGAAAGAACCCACCGGAGAAGUUUCCAGAUCACAUUUGUAUUCCUUCAUCAUGGAUUAUCUAAAUGCAUGUCAAAAGCGGUCUGCAUUGGAUAUGUGCUGCUGUGAUUUUCUUGUUGGGAAGAAACUGCAUUUACCAUCAUUUACAGACUGUUUAAAGGAACGUGGAACUGUACAGAUGCUGACUAUAGGACGAGAUGCUGCCCUUGACGUUCAGGCACUUGUUAGAACACUUGAUUCUUGCAUUGGAAACACAUCAUGCCACUCUCUGAUUUUAUUUCAGGACUUGCUCGUGUCUACGACACUUUCUCCUGAUGACACUACAAAUUUAUUUUCCUAUGCUGUUCUGAGACUGAUUCCACGUGUCUUAUCUUCUGGCGCAAGUUCAUGGUCCUAUUUAAUCAGAGGAAAUGUUGCAUCUCAUGUUGGCCAACAUGGUGGAAAUGUUGGUAACCGUGUGAUACGACCCUUGCAGCAUGGAAAAUGGUCGAAAGGAAAAGAUGGUUUUCUAGAAACUGAUAUUUGGGGAAUGGAGGCAAGUGGCUGGGUUGGUUCCACCCCCAAAAUCUGGCUUUUUCAAACGGAGGAACAAAUGUGCCUGUAUGUACAUCAGCAUAAAACCCUGACUCUCAUUCUCCUGGUUCCUGUUUCCUCAAUACCUAAUGGGGAACAAGGCGUUUCAAUCGUCAGGCAGUAUAUUCUUGAAAAUGCUUCCCUAAAGAUCGUGAAAGUUGAAGAAAAAUUGUCAAAGGGGUGGGGCGGGGAAAAUGCUUAUCAUGUUGGAGGGUAUCGUUAUUUACUGGUAGAUGGGGAUAGACAAAUAUCCAGGGCUUCACCACCUGGAAAAGUUACCACCCUUGCAAAGGAAUCUUUACUUGCCAUGAGCAAACUCAGAGAAAACGUUGAUCUGGAGAAGAGUCGAGCAAAACAGGAUAGUGAUGGUGAGGAAAAGGAACUGGAAGUAACUAUCAGAGCAAAAAAUAAUGCUUGGGUCAUUUCUCGUAUAACAAGAGGGAAAGAGCUUUAUAUGGCUCUGGAGAAAGCCAAUGAAACUCUGCUCUAUGCCUCCGAUAUGGUCGAGAAAUUCAGCAACAGGUACUGCAACGGAGCAUUCUCCUUGGAUUAGAGGGACAUCCUUCCAUUGUCUCGUGUAUACGAAGUUGUAAAAUAAAAAGCAGAGGUUAGAUGGAUGUGCACAGUUUCUAGUUUUUGCUUCCUCAUUAUUGUAAAUCUCUCUGGUGUAAAUUUCUAGUAAAUGAUAAGGCGAAUCCUCUCUCAUUUUCUGUAGAAGGGAGGGAAAAGGUAAUAUGCAUAUAAGGCAUUCAACCAUGGGGAGAGAAUAUCUAUCUAAGUUACUAAAAGGCAAGCCUGCAUUUAGCCCUAUUCAUUUUAUUAUAGGAACAAUUUGACACUUGAGUUUCUUCCCUUUUUGGGGAAUUUUUAAAGAAAUUCAUAUACUUGUUUUGAUACUGAAAAUUGUGAAGGAUCCAAGGGAAAACUAUUUGAUGCCAUGAGAACCUGACUUAGUGUUUGGUAUAGCAGCAUGAAAAUGGGAUGGGAAGUACCAUUUGAGGACGAGAAAUUGGAAAUGUAAUACGCAAAUGAAUAGAUUUCAAAUGUUUGAGAAUGAAGGAUUGUAUUAUGGAA